CUUGUAGAAGCGCCUCGGAAGCGCCUUCCCAUCGUGCGCACUACAUUAUUGCAUAUCCCUUCAUCCUGAGCUACGCCAUGAUGGGCCUCUUUUCAAAGUCAUUUGAUCCAGAGACAGACCUACCUGACCUGUCAGGCAAUGUUAUCAUCGUCACAGGAGGCAAUUCUGGCGUAGGAUGCGCCGCCAUUCAGUACCUCGCGCGUCGGGGUGCGAAGGUAUACAUGGCCGCGCGUAACGAGGAGAAGGCGAAGGCAGCGAUUGAGAAGGUGCGCAACGCCGGCCUGCGGCCGGGCAACGGCGAGGUCGUCUGGCUUCCUCUCGACUACAGCGACCCGAGGGACGCGAAGAAGGCAGCGGAGGCGUUCAUGGAGAAGGAGCAGCGCUUGGAUAUCGUUGUGAACUCUGCUGCAUUGUUGUUGACUCCGUUCAGUAAGACGUCGGACGGUAUCCAAGAAAUAGCUGUAGUCAACCCUUAUGUGUUCAUACGAACACUGCUUCCCCUCCUCAAGCGUACUGCCCAAGAACCGGACAGUGAUGUACGCAUAGUGAUGCUCACGUCUGAGGGUCACCGUCUGCCCCCGAACAAUUGCCAUUUCCGCACCAUUGAAGACUUUAACCGCGAGUUCAAGGGCGAGCUCCUCGCUUCAAAUAAGCGCUACAACUUCACGAAGUAUAUGGGUGUCCUGCAUGUGAAGGAGCUCCAGAAGCGGCUGGAUGCCGAGGGAGCCCCCAUCAUCGUCACGGCUGUCCACCCUGGGAUCGUAAACACAGAUGGUGUACAGAAUUUUGCCAACUCCUCCGGGACCUUCAAGGCCCCUCUCUACUCCUUCAUCGCCAACGCGUUCUUCACCAGCCCCGAGAAGGGGGCCUACAGUACCGUAUUCGCGGCGGCUGCCCCAGAGAUUCGCGAGGACCCGAUGUAUAAGGGAGGAUAUAUCGUGCCUCCCGGGAAGUUGGGCUCUGUUUACCCGCCUACAGAAGAUCCCGAGCUCGGGAAGGAGCUUUGGGAAACGACGGAGAAGAUCCUUGCAGACAUCGGGGUUUAGCUCUCUGAGACGCAUCGUGAGGCGGCAGUUUUGUGUCUGUAUCUCU